GGGAGUCGUGGCAAAUCCAUCUUCUGUUCUCCAUCGCCACCUCCAGCUCCAGCUAAAGGAGGAAAAACCCUAUUUCUUUCUCCUUUCUUUUUUCUGUUGAAAUCUCAAUCUCAGAGAAAGAGAGAGAAGGUAGGAUAGGGUUUAGGGUGGUUUCUAUGUCUAUUACACCAAUGAAUCAAUUACUUCAACAAAAUCACUAAACCUUCAUUCAAUUCAUCAGUAGCUUUUUUUUUAUUUCCAUGGAGUCGCCGCCUGAACGUUCUAGUCGUAGUUAUGCGAAACGGGAUGCAGAAGAUAGCUCAGAUGUCAAGAGUGAUAGGGGUGGGGAUGAUGACGAGUGGGAUGGAAGUGAUAAGAGGAAACACAGGUCAACCAAGUCUAGGAAGUCCACCUCUGGGGAUGAUGCUGAAGGAUUUGAUGGCAGUGGGAGAAGGAGAAGUUCUACUGGGGACAGGAGUGAUUCUCGUAAGAGGGGCGGUGGCUGCAGCAGCGCUGUGUCUAUCAAAGCAGGCAGUGAUGAAGACGAUUACGAGACAAGAAAAGACACGCGCUCCAAGCAAUUGAAGAAAAAGCAAGAUGAAAGUAGUUUGGAAAAGUUGAGCAGUUGGUAUCAGGAUGGAGAAUUAGACAACAAGCAGGGUGGAGGAGACAAGUCUGUGAGUAAAGGCCAUGUUCAGCCUGAUGAAAGCGAGAGAAGAAAAUUGACAUCGAAGAUCUCAAAGCAUGAGGGUUCCCGUACUGCAAUUAAAAGUAAAGAAGAAAGAUCCUAUGAUGGAGAGAAUGAGAAGGCACUAGAUAGAGAUACUAGAUAUUCAGAAAGGAAGGAUAACAGCCGAGAGAAAGGUCACAGUUCUGCUGAGGCAGGGAAAAACUCGAGGAGAAGGGGUGAUGAAUCUGACUCCAACAGGAAAGCUGAAGAAACUCUUUCUGAGAAGCCUGGUCCCAGAAUUGGAAAGGUGUCUGAUUCCAAGUACGAGUCUAAAGAAAGAAGUGCCAGAAACGAACCCAGCGAGAGCAAAAGCAGAGGUUUGGAUUCAAACAGUGAAAAGGGCGUCAAAACUAGCAACAGAGAUGACAGAAGAGUCGAGGCAGAGAGGGAGAAGUAUAAGAGUAAAGGCAGGUCAGAAACUGCUGAAGAGGAUAAUAGGGCCAGUCCUCUUACCCGUGAAGAUAGAUCAGGUCGGGAGACAAUUGAGAAGCACCGAGAGCAGAGAACUCCCACCAGAAGAGAUGUUGCUGAAAGCCAUGAAAGGUCCUCCAAUGCAGAAGAAGAUGGUAACACUUGGACUAGAGAUAAAGGUGCAAGAGAGGUAGGGCGCUCUAACAGGUCCAAGACUCCUGAGAGAGGCAUUAGGCGUCAUCAAGAUUUGCAACAAUCUGAAAUAGAGUAUGAAAGAAAUGUUGACAUGAGACGGAAGGAUCAAGAAAAGGAUGGCUACAGGGAUGACAGAUCAAAAGGCAGGGAUGACAGCUGGAAUGACAGGAAUAGGGACAGGGAAAGUUCCAAAGAGAACUGGAAAAGAAGGCAGUCCUCUGGGAAUGAUAGAGAGCCUAAAGACGGGGACAUUGCUUAUGAUCGUAGCAAAGACUGGGAGCCAAGACAUGGUCGUGAAAGGAAUGACAAUGAAAGACCUCAUGGUCGAAGCAGGGGUGAAGCUGUGAAAACCUCAUCGAAUUUUGGCAUUUCAAAUGAUAAUUACGAUGUGAUAGAGGUCCCUCUUGAUCAUGGACGACCAGAGUCCAGAUCCAACUUUGCUAGGAGGAUUGAGGCCAAUCAGCAAUCUGAUGGAAGAUCAGCACCAAACACAGAAGAGUGGGCAUAUAUGCAAGAUGAAAGGGCAAGAAGGAAUGACUCACCUUUUGUUGGAGACUCAAAGGAAAAGUACAUGGAUGAUGAUGCACCUAUGCGAGAUCUGAGUUCUUGGAGGGAUGACAUUGAGUACCAUGGAGGGAAAGGAAGAGGCCAGAAAGGGGCCAUGCCCAGUCACGGCGGUGGCGGUCAAAGUUCGAGCAGUGGUUCACAGCCUCCAUAUGGAAACCAGGAUUCAGGCUCCUUUGGCAGAGGUCCUCUACAGGGAUUAAAAGGGAGCAGAGUAGGGAGAGGAGGAAGGGUGAGGCCUGCUGGGAGGGAUAAUCAACAAGUUGGACUCCCAUUGCCUUUAAUGGGAUCACCUUUUGGGCAUCUUGGAAUGCCACAUCCGGGAGCACUUCAGCCACUUGCUCCUAGUAUGUCACCUGCUCCAGGUCCUCCAAUUAGUCCAGGUGUCUUCAUUCCACCAUUUUCUCCACCAGUUGUUUGGGCUGGCGCCCGAGGUGUGGAGAUGAAUAUGCUAGGUGUCCCCCCUGUUCUCUCUGCUGUUCCUCCUGGGCCAGCAGCCCCAAGAUUUUCCCCUAACAUGGGAACUCCUCCAUCAAACCCUGCUAUCUUUUUUAAUCAAGCAGGACCUGGAAGGGGAGUGCCUCCGAGCAUAUCUGGUCCUGGUUUUAAUGCUUCUGGACCAGUAGGACGAGGAACACCACCAGAUAAAAGUGCUGGGGGUUGGGUUCCUCCUAGAAAUAAUGGUCCUCCAGGCAAAGCCCCUUCAAGAGGAGAACAGAAUGAUUACUCGCAAAAUUUUGUUGAUACUGGUAUGCGACCCCAGAACUUUAUCAGAGAGCUGGAGCUGACCAGUGUUGUAGAGGAUUACCCCAAGCUUAGGGAGCUUAUACAGAAAAAGGAUGAGAUUGUGGCUAAAUCUGCUUCUCCUCCCAUGUACAUGAAAUGCGACCUGCAUGAGUUUGAGCUGUCUCCAGAGUUCUUUGGAACCAAGUUUGAUGUUAUUUUGGUGGACCCUCCAUGGGAGGAAUAUGUUCACCGAGCCCCUGGUGUUGCUGACCAUAUGGAGUAUUGGACAUAUGAAGAAAUACUAAAUCUUAAGAUUGAGGCAAUAGCUGAUACACCUUCUUUUAUCUUCCUCUGGGUGGGUGAUGGUGUUGGUCUUGAGCAAGGCCGACAAUGUUUAAAGAAGUGGGGAUUUCGGAGAUGUGAGGAUAUUUGUUGGGUGAAGACCAACAAAAGCAAUGCAACUCCAGGGCUGCGACAUGAUUCUCAUACUUUGUUUCAGCAUUCAAAGGAACACUGCUUGAUGGGCAUAAGAGGAACAGUUCGUCGCAGCACAGAUGGUCACAUAAUCCAUGCUAACAUCGAUACUGAUGUAAUUAUUGCUGAGGAACCUCCAUACGGUUCAACUCAAAAGCCUGAAGACAUGUAUCGGAUAAUUGAGCAUUUCUCUCUAGGCCGCAGAAGGCUUGAGCUAUUUGGUGAAGAUCACAAUAUUCGGUCUGGGUGGCUGACUGUUGGUAAAGGAUUAUCUUCAUCAAAUUUUAAUUCUGAGGCAUACAUCAAGAAUUUUUCUGACAAGGAUGGCAAAGUUUGGCAAGGUGGGGGUGGAAGAAAUCCUCCUGCCGAGGCACCUCAUCUUGUUGUGACUACUCCUGAUAUAGAGGCUCUACGUCCCAAGUCACCAAUGAAGAACCAGCAGCAGCAGCAGCAAUCAGUAUCUAUUUCUCUGACAGCAGCCAAUUCCUCCAACAGAAGGCCCGCAGGAAAUUAUUCUCCCCAGAAUCCAAGCACUUUCGGUUUAAAUCAAGAGGCCACUAGCUCCAACCCUUCAACUCCAGCCCCUUGGGCAUCAUCACCAAUGGAGGGCUAUAGAGGACGAGAAGGCGGGAAUAUGCCUUCUGAGGACAAGGUUUUUGAUAUGUAUGGUUAUAAUGGGCAGGCAAAUGCAGAUUAUCUAGAUUUUGAAUCUCACAGGCCUAUGAAUUUGUUGUAAAGAAACACUUGGGCAUAAAUUUGCCCUGUCUGGCGCCUGUAUUUUUUCCCAGCUAAUUCGCUAAGUAUAAAUGGAAAAGAAAGUAUCCGGUCUUUUUUUUAAAAAAAAAAUAUAUCCAUAUCAGCAGCAAUAAAGGGGACAGGAAUGGAUGUCAAGUAAUUGGAAUGGAUCAUAAUAAAUUGAGCUUUCAAGUCUUAUAAACUUCACAAGAAGUCGUACAACAGUGUAAUAUUUCUUAGUAUUUUGGCCAAAAAUAGGUUAAAAGGAUGUUGUUGCAGAUAGAAGAGCUUCUGUGAGGAUGCCGCAAUAAUUUAAUACUUUUCCACCAAUUUAUUCUCUUGUGCAGAGUUGAGCAGCAUGAUACAGGAGCGAAUGUUCUUGAAUCGAUUAGCCGCAGGUUCUGAUUUGCAAUUGCAUUCCAUGCUACUAUAGAAGUGAGACCGCAUUUUUGAGAAAGGCAUAACGCGGAUCAACUUGUGGAGCAUCAGAUCAAAGGGAAUCUUUUGUUUGAUAGCAUGCCCAUCUAGCUUUGAAGAGGCCGAGUGCCCCUCCAUCACUUGAGAUUGUCAAUGGCCUAUGGAGUCUCUCUCUUUAAAAGAAACAUCACAUCGUUGCAGAACAACGUGACCUGAUUCUUUCCCAAAGCUUGAGUAACACCAAAAAAAAAAAAAACAUAUUUUACAACAGAUUCCAGAAAUCCUAGACUUGUCAAUUGUCAAAAAGGUCCUCUUUAUAUAGAAUUUCUAAAGGCUACUACUCUCUUGCGGUUUCACUCUGCCACCCACAAAAGAAAAGGUAUAGAGUUCCAUUGCCCUCUUUCGCGGACACCUGAUUAAUAUUUGUGCUUAGGUAGUCUCCUGUCCGACUUCAAAUAAUGGACAGCUGUAGCAGUUCUUCUCCAUUGUGUUUCCUAUGAGUUUUGUGCUUCAUUUUCCAGCUUUUCUGGAGGAGGCAUUGCUUUGGUAGUCUCUGAUGCCAGUUCAUACACGAGAUGUUAAGACAUUUAGAGAGUGGGAAAGAUAGACAGAGGAGACGAGAACAGAUUUAUUGGGAAGAAUGUCUAACCUUGUGGCUGAGGCUGAGCUUGAGGUUCCAACUGACUUUCUGCUGGGGGGGUGGGCUGCCCCUGUUGUUUGGCAGCGGAUGCUUUUAGCUGCUCUUCUGUGAUUUUCAAGUACUCUUCACUGGUAUACGACUUGUUUGGGGAUGGAGCACCAUCUAAUUUUUUAUCAACAAAAAACAAUGUUUCAUCAAUUGUUAAGUGAAGCCACCGUUACUUGCUAUAGGAAAACAGAACCCACAAUAUCUUGUAGUGAAUUUAAAUUUAUUCAAUCAUGAAAAUAACCACAACUUGAGUUGAUUAAAAGCAA